AGGUUCAACUGUGUGUGUGUGUGUGUGUGUGUGUGUGCAGCGCAUCUCCUCGCGCUCAGGUCACGUGCUGCUAUGUGUUGACUGGAGAGAAAUAGGACAUCUCAGCAGAGCUUGGAGGCUAACGGCAGAGCUAGCUGUCCUCCGAGGACAAAACGAGUCCAAAAAAACCGCGACGGGGACAGCGCGCAGGCAGGUGGAGGUAUGAGUUAAACAGCACGAGGCCGGUAACAUUCAAAAGGGCAAUCGGGUGUGAAUUGGAACACAGGGAUGCCCAUCCCCCCCGCCCCACCUGGGGGACCCCCAACCCCCGCCACCUUCAGCCAGGCCAACACCACCCCCCCAAAGCUGAGCCAAGAGGAGGCCGAUGGUCGCGGCGCCCUGCUGACGGACAUCUGCAGAGGCCCCCGGCUGAAGAAGGUGGCGGUGGUGAGCGACCGCAGCGCCCCGCUGCUCGACAGUAAGAGCCCGACACCAGAGACCACAGAUCACCCAUACAUUCGCUUAUACCAGUACCUGCACCAGCAGCAGGGGGCGCCCUCCCAGGAGCAGCAGAGGACGGCACUAGAGAGAGGUGGAGCAGCAACAGCCAAUGGCAGUGCAGCAGGAGGCCAGUCAGGUCCUGUUCCACCAAUAGGAGGGCUGUCCAUGGAGGGUGUCCCCACACUGAGACCAGUGGGAGACGGCUCUUCUGGACGGUCUCCCUCCAGUCGCGCUGCAGCCCCCCGCCCCCCCAGCCAUCGCCCUGAAGACCCAGAAAGCCCCUCCACCCAGACCCUGUUGCCCACGGAGACAAGCUCCUCCGAUCGUCCCUCCCUGUCCAAAUUGUCUUCUUCUGCCUCCUCCUCUGGGGCUUCCUCCCCAUCCGCCAGCACGACGCACCCCCCCUCUGCCCCCCCUCCACCUCCUCCUCCCAGUCGCCGCGGCAACGCCCCCCCUACGCCUUCCUCCUCCUCUUCUUACAAUAGAGAGAAGCCCCUCCCUCCGACUCCUAACAACACCCCACCCCUCCCCUCUAAACCGCCCCCGUCUCCAUGCAACAGCAGACGCUCUCCGACCUCGGGGGGAAACCCCACCUGCUCUUCUUUGGCCCCGCCCCCCCCACCGUAUCGCAUCACUAAUGGUCCAGCAGGUGGCGUCGAGGCAGCGCCGGAUCUGCCCCAGCGACACAACUCCCUGGGCACCAGGAGGGCUGCCCCCUCCCCCGGAGGCCACACCCCCACCCGAGGCCCCGCCCCUCCUCCCCCGGCUUCCCCCUCUGCCUCCCACCAGGCUGCCAACAGGCCACCGCCUCCUGUCAGAGAGACGCCGUGUAGAGGAGCAGCUCCUCCUGUGCCGCUCCAGCCAUCGUCCCUGAGACCAGGUGGGCGAGAUGCUCCUCCUCCGCCUCCCUACAGGAUUCAUGGUAGCUCUUCCCUCGGCUCUGACCCCCCAUCCAGAGGAAAACCUCCUCCCCCGCCCACCCGUACCCCCGCUGCCCCUCCCCCCCCUCCACCUCCUCACCGUAACGGACAUUCCUCCUCCGUCCCUCGCUCAUUUGUUGAUGACUUUGAGUCAAAGUAUUCCUUCCAUCCUCUGGACGACUUCCCUCCUCCAGACGAGUACCGACACUUCGCCAAGAUCUACCCCAGCAAGGCCAACCGAGUGAUGAGAGGAGCUCCUCCUCUGCCUCCCAUUGGGAGGUGAACUACGAGACAACAUCACAGCUGGAACACACACAAACAUCUGAGAUCUUCAUCACCAUCUCAUUUACGCUCUCGUCUCAUUGGAUGAGGUCUGAUCAUGUGACGAUGAAGAGGAGCGACUGUGACCUCAGAGCAGUUCUCCUCAUCCUGGACUCCCUUUGCUGUAGUUUUGUUUUUCUGACCUCUGUUGAGGAGACUUCUGAUCUGUGGACUGAAACGUUGUGAUGUCAUGAAGUUUAAAAUGAAAAGACUUUGACUUCUUUUUUCAAUUUACAAGAACAGUUGUUUACGUUAAAACUUUUUAUUAACAGAAUAUUAAUUUAUUUAUUAUUUGAAUCAUUUACUUAAUAUAUUUUAGUACAAGUCCUAUUAUAAUAUUACAUUGUCAUGAUUGUUAAUAUUUAUUUCAUGUUAUUUGAGGGAUUAUUGCUGUUUUUAUUUAACAUUCAUCUUGUGUGUUAACAAGUCGCAGCCAUCUAACAGCACCAUUUAUCCAGGAGUGACAUCACAGAAACAGUGAUGUCAUCAACAUACCGUAUCAUAUUGUUUUGAUGAUGCUCAUUGAAAAUGACUUCUUAAUGCUAAGCUAGCUAGUUAGCCUUGACUGGAUUUGAAUUGUCACAAAAUUACACUACAACUAUUCCUUGACUUUAUUUCUUCCCAAACUAACGUGAUCAUGUGAAUCCAUUGUUACCGACAGUCUCAAAGCUAAGCUAGCUAGCUAACAGCCCUGACUGCAUGUUUCAGCUGCUGGGGGGGUACAAAAAAGAAUGAAACCCAAACCAGGACGUCUUCAUAAACCACAAAGACAAACUCAAACUGAACGCAAAUGUUCCAGGACCUGGAAUGGACCAGGAAUGGACUGUCCAAAUGUACGGGAAUAGCUUCCCAGCAUGCAUUGCUGCAGACACACACCUGUAAAUACCAUCAUUGUGACAAUGUCAUGUGACCAGAUCAGAUUCUGAGGAGGCGGAGUCUCAAAGUGCCAAAAUGGAAAAAUGCAGCUCACCUGAGAUGAGUUGACUCCUCCCCCUGCUCCAACAGGUGCCACGUUGUUGGGACGUGGGGGGGUUAAGGGACAGACAUUCCUUCCUCACUUCCUUACCUCCUCGUCCCCUCUCUAUAAAUGGAAAUUGUUGCAUGUCUUCUUUACUUCAGUCUCAUGUUUCUCCACCCAGAAGGAAGUAAUUAUUCAAAGAGUCCUCUAGUCGGUCCUCCAACAUGUCCUUUAACGUGUCCUCUAGGCCCAGCACCUCCCAGCAUGCAACGCGGGCCGGCGAGGAGUUUCAUGCAGGACGGAGACAGGUGAGCGUGGCGGCUCCCUCACAGCAUGAGGUCACCUCCUCGCCCCCUUCAUUCUGUACGUCCUGUAUGUGUUGAAAAGGCAACAAUAAAAUCCAUUUUGAUUUACAGGAAAGUCAAAUGAAAUAUAAAACGUUUACGUUUCUGGGGUUUCAAGGCUUUCGCUGUCAGGCAGCAGGUUGCUAGGCAACGGGAGCAGCGGAGGUCAUUGGAGGACGCAUCCACCGAAUGGGACACAGCUGUUGACACUUCACUUGGGCCAGAUGUAGUGGUACUAAAGGCUGGGAGUGUCCCGCAGGCCUCUGUCCUCUGUCCUCUGUCCCCUCAACUUUCUGGAGAGAAGGUUGAUUUCAUUUCAUGAGAAAAAUGCCAACAGAAUUAUGUCCUCCAUAAUAAAACGGUUAAAUGAGA